CUCAUUACAUAUAUCUCUCUCUAGUAAUUUUAGUUUCACACAAUUUGAUCAUGAAGGUUGAAGUACAGAAAAGAUAUGCUUUGCUACUAGCAGCAAAUGAUUCUGAGUAUGUGAAGGAAGUGUAUGGUGGCUAUUUCAAUGUGUUUGUUGCAGCUUUCGGGGAAGAAGGAGAGAGGUGGGACUUGUUUAGGGUUGUUGAAGGAGAGUUCCCAGACAUCAAUGACCUCCAAAACUAUGAUGGUUUUGUGGUGAGCGGUAGCCCUUUUGACGCUUACGGCAACGACCAUUGGAUUCUCAAGCUUUGCUUUCUAUUGCAAACCUUGGAUUCCAUGCAUAAGAAAGUCCUUGGUAUUUGCUUUGGACACCAGGUUUUGUGCAGAUCAUUGGGUGGAAAAGUUGGGAAGGCAAACAGUGGUUGGGAUAUUGGGCUAAGAAAAGUGAAAAUUGUGAAAGAUUUCUCGCCAUGCAGUUUCCUUGAAGGGUCGGAUGAAAUCCCAGCAGCCCUUUCAAUCAUUGAAUGCCACCAAGAUGAGGUAUGGGAGGUUCCUGUAGGUGCUGAAGUCAUUGCAUAUUCAGAUAAAACUGGCGUGGAGAUGUACACCAUCAGAGACCACAUUCUAGGGAUUCAAGGUCAUCCAGAGUACACCAAAGACAUUCUUAACAAUCUCAUCGAUCGUCUUCUCACAAACGAAUCUAUAGAGAAAGGUUUUGCUGAAGACGCCAAAUCGAAAUUGCAGAUAGCCGAACCAGAUAGAAAGUGUUGGGAAAAGAUUUGCAAAGGCUUCCUCAAGGGGAGAUGGAAUUAACUA